AUGUAUGACGUACGGGAUCGUUUGACAACAGACCUCACCGAAAAGCAAAGCAUGCUGAUGGAGGUGGUCGUCAGAGCGGAAGACGCGAUUGUCAUCGACGAUCUGGAUCUCGUCCGCAAGUACUACACACGACUUCGCAAUAUGGACCGCAGCGUUCGACAAGCAUUCCAUCUUCGAGCGAACAAUCAUGAGAGAUUUGUUGAAGCACUUCGACGGUUACAUAAGAUCAUUGAACAGGCCGCCAAGUUACGAUGCGGCGAACCAAGCCGAAAGAUUGUCUCCGCCUGCCGUGAAGCGAUUGCUGACGACAAUAAGAGCAUUCUGGCAAAAUAUUUGAAGUUUGGAGUAUGA